AUGUGGUGUAGCGGGCUGAAGCUCUUCUUCGCUGGUACUUUCUCCCUUGGUAUCGUUAUUAGUAUCCUUCACCGGUACUUACGGUCUCUUGGUGUAGACUUGGUAUCCUCGCUGAUGUUAUUGGUAGUCAAGAGUUUUUCGACUUGUCGAGCACGACUCGCACGACAGGAACUACGACGACCUGAUGCUAUCCCAUGGGACGCAGAAGAGGCCCCUUUGAAACUCUCUCCAAACUCACACUCUAUUCUCCAACUCCUCGAGCAAGGGCGAUCCUCCGGGAAACCCCUGUCAUAUCAACUGUGGAUCCUCGGAUCUGAGCUCCUCAGCGACACAUACAUAUCAUUCAAACCCCAAUUUGGGCCUCCUGGUAACCCCAUUCUCACAACUCCCGGAGGCCAUGCGGCCCGGGAAUCACAAGAACCACCUGUUUUACAGGCGCGAUAA